UCUGUCAGUCAUUUGUUGAUCAUCCGGAGUAGCGUCUUGUUUCUGAAAUCGAUUUAUAAUUUAGAAUAUUUCACAAUUACCAUGUCGGAUGACGAGAUGGAAAAGUUUGAAAUAACCGAUUGGGAUGUGGAUAAUGAGUUUAACAUGUUCAGAAACAGAAAAAAAAUUACGAAACAUCAUCAAAUAUAUGGUAUCUGGGCUGAUGACAGUGAUAAUGAAGAAACGGAAAAGACAUCAUUCAAAACCAGAAAACUUCCAAAAAGUUAUACAGCUCCCAUCGGAUUUGUCGCUGGUGGAGUUCAACAGGCUGGUAAAAAAGACAAAGAAAAUGGUAGUGGUAUUCUCAAAAAGGAAGAAAAGUCUGAUGAAGAAGAACCAACCACUUCCUUUAAAACGAUGAAUAGCUCUGAUGAAUCGGAAGAGGAACACCCUCCUAGAGCAGGUUUUGGUAUCGAUAGAUCGAAGAAAACUAUACAAUCAACAGUGACAGAGAUUACAGGAGAUAUUGCUGGUCUUCGAAAGAAAAAUUCCACAAACCCUACUUUGAUAAAUAAGGGUGUAGGUCAUUGGGAGAAGCAUACAAAAGGUAUAGGAGCAAAACUCCUUCUUCAGAUGGGCUUCCAACCUGGCAAAGGUCUUGGAAAGGAAUUACAGGGUAUUUCUGCACCGGUUGAGGCUCAUCUGAGAAAAGGACGAGGAGCAAUAGGAGCUUAUGGACCAGAGAAACCGGCCAGCAUCCCAAAAUUAAAGGAACAGUCAAUUAAGUCGGAAUUCGAUGAAGACGAAACAAGCAUGAAGAAGGGAGAGUCCAAAUGGAAAAAAGCGGAACCGUUGAAUAACAAAACCAGAUAUUACUACCGAAGUGUAGACGAUGUUAUUGAAAAAGGUAAACGUCCAGGAGCUUAUAGAAAUUUGGGAGUUACAAGUGAACUCAGUAAAGUUAAAGUGAUAGACAUGACAGGACCCCAACAAAGAGUUUUAAGUGGCUAUCACGCACUCAGUGGUCUGAAGGCACCACCAGGAGUUGAACACUAUGAAGAUGUGGUUCAUAAGAAAUGCUCAAAUUUUGCUCUGCCAGAAAUUCAACAUAACUUGGAUUUAUUGGUUGACAUGUGUGAACAGGACAUAAUAAAAAUUGACAGGGAUACUAGGCAUAAUGAAGAUAGAAUUGUAGUUCUUGAACAAGAAGAAAAUGCAUUGAAAGAAAUUCUGAAGAAAGAAGAUGUCUCUUUAGAGACCUUGAAGCAAGUGAUGGACAUUGUUAAUAAGUUAAUGAAUCCCAUGCAAGAAUAUUCUUUGGGUCAAGUUGCUAACAUUUUCAAGGAACUACAGGAACAAUAUAAUGAAGAAUACUUUAUGUACGAGUUGGGAGAAUUAGCACCUGGCCUAAUCAGCCCUCUUUUAACCUCGGCCCUAGCUAGUUGGAAUCCUUUAACCAAUCCCCAGCAAUAUCUCGACGUUUUCGAACAAUGGAAGGACAUCUUGGAUAGGCCAAAACAACGUGGGAAUCUUGAAGGUAAUAAAAUGGGAAUACAGCCAUAUGAUAGUCUCAUUUGGCAUACUUGGAUGCCUGUUAUGAGAACUUGCGUUAGUUCGUGGAAUGCACGAGAUUGUGAUUCACUCAUCACUUUGAUGGACUCUUGGAAAUCAGUUUUACCACAAUGGAUAGUGGAGAAUAUCUUGGAUCAGCUGAUAAUGCCGAAGUUAAUCACUGAAGUUGAUAAUUGGAAUCCUCUCACCGAUACUGUACCAAUUCAUCUUUGGAUACAUCCGUGGAUUCCACUUUUAGCCCUCAAAAUUUUGUCAACACAAAAUAAUAUCGGUAAAGUGAGCGGUUUUGAGAAGUCGAUAGCCUCCAAUAGUCACACCUUGUUUUUGAGUCCAGUCACAGAAAAUGAUUUAAUAGCAAUUGGUUUUCUUACAGAUCCAUGGAAUUGGGUGAUGGAUUGGAGCGACAUGCUAUCAAUAGGAAAUAUGACGCUUAUCCUAGAUAAAUUCUUCUUUCCGCGGUGGUUGCAGACUCUGGCAAUGUGGUUGAAUCAUAAUCCGAACUACACUCAAGUUACCGAAUGGUAUUCUGGCUGGAAGAGAAUGCUUUCUGAUGAGUUACUCAAUCAGCCCACUAUAAAAGAAAACUUUCAUAAGGCCCUUGAAAUGAUGCAUAGAGCUGUUAAUAUUGCUAAUCAGCCGGGAGCAAAGGAAUCGAUAUCAUACUUGAAGAACAUGGAGGCUAAUGGACUUCCAACACUACCUACUUCACAACCUAGAAACGAGACUCUUGCUGAAGCCGUCAAGACUGCAGCGAAAAUACCUCAAGGCUUCAAAGAUCUGGUAACGAAGAAAUGUGAAGAAAGGGGAAUUCUGUUUGUGCCCAUUCCCAAUAAAUACCAUGAAGCUAAACAAAUUUAUCGAAUAGGUUCAAGUGGUGUGCAGUGUUACAUAGACAGAAACGUCAUUUUUUAUUCCCAAAAUAAUUCUUCUUGGCUUCCUACGUCUUUGAAUAAGUUAUUGGAUGCUGCUUGAGUAGUUUAUGGUGUAGGUUAGAGUUUUGUACAUUCUUCUGUAAAUAUAUUAUUAUUUUGUAUUGAA